AUGACAUACACACAGGAAACACAUAGGGUAGGGUAUAUCCGUGGUAACGGGUGCUAUUUCGCCUCGGAAACUUGGUGGCCGGGCCGAACCAGAUCAAAGAAGAAUGCUCUAAACAAACCGAUCUCGACCUCGAAUAUAGUGGAUAGCCAUAUAAACCUGCUCAAUAAAGUGGUAAUUACCUGCACAAGAGCAAUCCUCCCAGUAUACAAAACCACAAACAUAGCAGUACUCUACGAAGAAGCCAAACUCAGACCAUCCGAGAUCGAGCUAAACCAGAUCUCACAAUCAUAUGCAGCACGAACCACCAGAUUAGACCCCUACCACCCUCUCAGAAUCAGAGCAGAGAACAUAACCAAAGCCAAAGAACAGAACCGCAUCCCAGACACAAGAUUCGCAAGGCUCAUCACAGCAUUACCGGAGACUGAACACAUAAACCCCUUGGCCUCCCCCCCCUGGGAAAUCAGAGAGUCGAGGGCAGAGGCCGAGGCCCGUAUCAAUGGUCCGAUGGGCAGAACGAAGGCACAAGCAGCCGAAGACUUCAAAGCCUUCCACGCUAAGAUCCCAAGAAGCGAUAUACAAAUCUUCUCGGAUGGCUCAAAAAGUGAAAGCAAGGAUGGCGCAACCGGGGGCGGAUUCGUAAUCUCACAAUUCGAUAUUCAGAUAGCACAUUAUUCUUUUUCAUUAGGUAUAAAUGCAGAAGUGUUCGAUGCAGAAGCCACAGCCGCAGUAGCAGGGGCAGCAAAAGCCCUCACUCUAGCAUCAACCAAACUGGCUACAGAUCUCUGGAUCUUCUUAGACAACCACGAGGCUGCUCUCUGA